AUGAUAAAAGACUUAAAAGAAACCAUACAAGUAUACGAACCAGCGUUCGUCAAGAAUACGAUUUCUGAAAUAUUCACCGAGCUUGGCGGAAAUUACGAUAUAUCCCGUCAGUUAUCCGACUCAAUUGCUUCAACUAUUGACAAGUUUACUCAAAAGCUUGUACAUGAUUUCGACGACGAGGGCGAUCACACACACACUCAUUUAGUACAAGUGCACGUUUCCGGAUCGGAGGAAAACAGUAAUUUCACAUCGAACACCACUACUGAUGUGUUGUCAUCAUUGCCACAAACAAAGUUGGCAUCGAAGUUUCUUAAUUCACUGCUCGGUAGCGAUUUUUUACAUUUAGCUAAUAUAUCUAAUAUCGAAACAUCUCCUAAGGGGAACGUCAGCGAUGUUGACACUAGACGGAUUGUGAAACGAGCAGUCAUUGUCGACGAAGAUUUCCCUUCCCGAAAUGCAACAAUUCACAAUUCUAUAGACCUUGACGACGCAAUUUAUUCAGACCAAACAAAAAACUUGACGCCAAACAAAGACUAUAAAGAAACAACCCAAAAAUACCAGCCAUCACAGUUGGCAUCGCAGUUUCCCAAUUCGUUGCACGGUAACGAUUUUUUACAUUUAACUAAUAUACCCACUAUCGAGACAUCUCGUAAUGGGAAUGUCAGUGAUGUUCACACUGGCCGGAUUGUAAAAAGAGCAGUCGUUAACGACGAAGAUUCCUCUCCCCGAAAUCCAACAGUUCCCAGUUCUAUCGACAAUGACGACGCAAUUUACCCAAACCAAACAAAAUAUUCCACAUCAAACAACGAAACAUCCCAAGUAUACCAGCCAGCGUACAUUAUCAAAACAAUUUCUGAAAUAUUUACUAAGUUUGACGGCAAUGAAGAUCUUUUUCGUCAGUUAUCCGACACUAUUGUUUCAACUAUUGACAGAUUUACUCAAAAUAUUGUUUUAAACUUCGACGAUGACGAUCACACACAUGACCACUUUGCAGUACACGUGUCAGAAUCGGCGGAAAACAAAACAUUUACAUCCGGCAACAUUUCCGAGGUGUCAUCACCAAUGCAACAACAACAGUUGGCAUCGCAGUUUCCCAAUUCGUUGCACGGUAACGAUUUUUUACAUCUAACUAAUAUACCUACCAUCGAGAGAUCUCGUAACGGGAAUGUCAGCGAUGUUCACACUGGUCGGAUUGUGAAGAGAGCCGUCAUUAACGACGAAGAUUCCUCUUCCCGAAAUGCAACAGUUUCCAGUUCUAUCGAUAAUGACGACGCAAUUUACGCGAACCAAACAAAAUAUUCCACAUCAAACAACGAAACAUCCCAAGUAUACCAGCCAGCGUACAUUAUCAACACAAUUUCUGAAAUAUUCACUAAGUUUGACGGCAAUGAAGAUCUGUUUCGUCAGUUAUCCGACACUAUUGUAUCAACUAUUGACAAAUUUACUCAAAAUAUUGUUUUAGACUUUGAGGAUGAGGACGAUCACACACACGAUCACUUUGAAGUGCACGUGUCAGGAUUGAGACAGUUGGCAUCGCUGUUUCCACAUUUGUUGCAAGGUAGUGAUUUUUUACAUUUAAGUAAUAUACCUACUAUCGAAACAUCUCGUAACGGGAACGUCAGUGAUGGUCACACUGGCCGGAUUGUGAAGAGGGCAGCCGUUCACGACGAAGAUUCCCUAUCCCAAAAUGCAACAGUUCUGAAUGCUACCAAUAUUGACGACGCAAUCUUCCCGAACAAAAAGAACACUUUCACAUCAAACAUCAAAUAUCAAACUAAUGUCCAGAAAAAUACACAUAAUAAAACAGAUUUUGUGGAUGAAGAACGUGAUGAUGCGGGAGAUGUACGAGCGAGCUUGUUUCACGUGUCGACUACAGACAACGCUCCAAAUAAAACUACCGGGAUAGAAAAUCCAGAGAGUACCGUGGAAGAGGGUAAAAACACAACUCUUUCAAGUAGUCGGAACAAUAUUUCGGAUUUCGCUGACGUAAUUCCCGACAAAGAUCAAAAUGUUCUCCCUGGUGACAGUUUGCUGAGAAAUGCACCUUUACACGUACCAGUGGCCUUCCCUUCAAAUGGUGGAACGUAUCGAAGGUUGUUUAGUGACGAGUCUCGGCACCGGCGCUCAGCAUCAUAUUGUACCAAACAGAACGUGGUUCUUGCCAUGGCUGUACACCAAGGCCGUACAUUAGAUUUGGCCUGCAAUCCUUG